UAAGGAGCCAUUGAAUUCGCAGAGCGUCUCUGCACUAAUCCGCUGAACUCCUCGCGCUGGAACCGUCCCGCGGCGGCGGAACACACAGGACACACCGAGCGCGCACACUUGUGGCUCCGAGGGCACAGCGAGCGCCGCGCGCAUUAAGGCGCUGGAUGAAUUGAAAUAAAACGCAGAGGCUGAGCUCUGUGAGCUUUUAUAUACGCGUCCGAGCGCGUCACCCCCCCUCAGGAGGAGAAGCUGCUGUGCCUCGUUUUGCAACUGGAGGUUGGAGCUGCUGGAGCCCGUGACGAUUCCGCUGACGCGCCACUCGCCGCACCAACCAACCCGGGAGACUGCGCGCGACGGAGCGAGCGGACCGGACACUGCUCUCUCUUUUUUAUCCCCCCUCUUCCUCUUCUUCCUUCCCUCAUCGCCGUGGACGGACGACCGCAGCCGAGCAAGUCCCGCGGACGACGUUGCCAAAAGCGGCGUUUUUUUUUUUAUAAACCGGUAGCAGCAUCACCAUCCUCACCAUCACCAUCACCGUCCAGGCGCUCCUGCAGACAUGGAGGUACCAGGCUUGGCGCACAGCAUCACAAGCCCAUUGAGUCCCUGCGAGGGGAUGAUCAAGGACCUGAGCCUGGACGCCAUACAGUUGUGUGAGCGAGAUGGAAGUAAAUCCCAGGACGGCAGCAUCUCAGAGAUGGAAGAACUUCCCGUUCCUCAGAACAUCAAGAUCAGCAACAUCACCUGCGACUCCUUCAAGAUCUGCUGGGACAUGGAGGCGCGCAGCAAGGAGCGCAUCACGCACUACUUCAUUGACCUGAACAAGAAGGAGAACAAAAACUCAAACAAGUUCAAACACAAGGAUGUUCCCACUAAGCUCGUAGCCAAAGCAGUGCCGCUGCCCAUGACGGUCCGGGGCCACUGGUUCCUCAGUCCGCGUACAGAGUACACCGUGGCCGUCCAGACCGCGUCCAAACAGACCGACGGCGACUACGCCGUCUCUGAGUGGAGCGAGAUCAUCGAGUUCUGCACCGCCGAUUAUUCCACGGUGCAUCUAAACCAGUUGCUGGAGAAGGCAGAGGUCAUCGCUGGCCGGAUGCUGCGUUUCUCCGUCUUCUACAGAAACCAGAAUAAAGAAUACUUUGACCAUGCAAGGGAGGCGCAAGGGAAUCGGAUGCUGCCGUCAGUGAAGGACAACAGCGGCAGCCACGGCUCGCCCAUCAGCGGCAAGCUGGAGGGCAUCUUCUUCAGCUGCAACACAGAGUUCAACACGGGCAAGCCGCCGCAGGACUCCCCGUACGGCCGCCACCGCUUCGAGGUCCAGGCCGACUCGCUCUUCAACCCCGACACCAACCUGUACUUUGGAGACUUCUACUGCAUGUACACGGCCUACCACUACGUGAUUCUGGUCCUGGCGCCCAAGGGCUCCAGGGGAGACGAGUUCUGCAAGCAGAGGCUGCCGGCGCUCGACAUCACCGACAACCGCUUCCUCACCUGCAAGCAGGACGGAGAGGGCGGCGGCCUGGUGUUCCACCACGCCCAGGACGUCAUCCUGGAGGUGAUCUACACGGAGCCCGUCGACCUGGCGUCGGGCACGGUGGCCGAGAUCAGCGGGCACCAGCUGAUGAGUCUGUCCACGGUAAAUGCUAAGAAAGACCCCAGCUGCAAGACCUGCAACAUCAGCGUGGGCCGCUAAGGAACGGCGGAAUGUAGAGAGAGAGAGAGAGAGAGAGGGAGAGAGAGGGAGGGAGAAUGGACUGGAGGUGACUGACCUCUGCACACAACCAAGGAAGAACUGAUGAAGCAGACCAACACAUGCAUGAAGCAGCAGAUCCAGUAAGCUCUCAGACAUGCGCACCAACAUAUCUCCGACACGGCUCUGUACUCUGAAGAGACCAACGUUCCCAAAGAGCGAAGGAAAAAAAAAAAAAAGGGUUGGAACACACUUCUUGACACCUGCAGCAUUUUGUCUCCUAAUCGGAAAAUGUUAUCUUUAUGUUGAGAAAGAAAAAAAGAAAAGAAAAGCAUCCUAAAGACAUCAAUUUAAAAAAAAAAUGAAAAAUGAAAACCCAGGAACUAAAGUGAUUCAUCCAUCUUCACAUCCGGCAGGUCACAUUGGAACUGAUCAAACCCUUUAACUGUACUAACAAACACGGGCUGCUUCUCCUCAGUUUCCUUUUACUUUAAACACUUGUCCCAUAUUUAAUUACUGGCCUUUGCCUUCUUCUUAUUAAUAUGCUGUUAACUGAGAAUCCACUGUGUGUGUGGACAAGAAUUGUUGUUACUGAUUACAUUGAACUGUCCUUUUCGAUUGUUUCGUUUUCAGCAAAGUCGGACUUCAUUUUUUUUUUUACCUCCUAUGAGCGGCAUGGACUGGUACGACAACUUUCUAGGGCUGCAGCAUCGAUCACCAUCUUUCUUUAUACCAAAGGUGUUACAAAAAAAAAAAAAAAAAGUCAAACCGCUGUGAAGAAAUCCUAACAGUACUAAUGCAACAGUCACUACAGUGUGUAUUCACCACGUCUCUGAUGACCGGGUGUGAACUACUUGUUAACUUGUUGACCUUUAAAAAGAAAAAAAAAAAAAAG